CAAUGAAACAGAGGGACAGUUAGUUUUACCCGGUGAAGUGGGAGUUUACAGGUUCCGGGUACCCUUGCUGGCACCUGACGACCUGCCGUGCGUGACACACACCUAUCACUCUGCCGUGGACCCUGUCUGGGACAUCAACACCGGCCUCGUGGGCCCCUCGUGGUGUGCGCCCGUGGUCAGCUGUCCCGCCACGUCACCAUGCCCUGGAAGAUUUUCUCGACACCACCUUUUAUUCGGAGACCUUCGACUGAAGACACGUGGUUCCAGCAGCAUGAACACAUGUUCCUAAACUUCUUCACUGUAGAUGAGAGUCUGUCGUGGUACCUGCAAGAAAACAUCAACACCUUCACCUCUAACCCCAGCAGCGUGGAUGUCAUGGACGCCGGCUUCAAAACAGCCAAUCGGAGACAUGCGAUCAACGGACGCAUGUUCGGAAACCUGGAGGGGUUGCACACCUGCCUCAAUGAUGACGUGGCAUGGCACAUCUUUGGCGUCGGAGGAGAGUUUGAUAUGCACGGGGUCAACUUUCAGGGUCAGAGCCUCGAUCUCACCGGCAAUCACAUCAGUUCAGAGGUCAUUAUUCCUGGAUCGGCCCUGACUCUGACAUCCAAGCCAGACAGCCAAGGCAACUGGACCAUCUCCUGCAGAACCACGUUCCACUUCAACACAGGUAUGACAGCCAGGUAUGAGGUGCGAGACUGCGGCACAUCCUCACAACAAAAGCCAACAAGAGGAGUCACUCGCCGAUACUACAUUGCUGCAGAGGAAGUCAUCUGGGAGUACGCUCCCUUGAAACGAGACGCGGUCACGGGAGAAAACUUUACUGACGAUAGCCAGCCCGGAUACCUGUAUGUGAAGGACGACGACCUGUUCAUUGGCAGCAGCUACAAGAAGGCGCUGUACGUCGAGUACACGGAUGCAACCUUCUCCACCCGCAAGGUGCGGGGUGAGCGUGAAAAGCACCUCGGCCUCCUGGGGCCAAUCAUCAAAGCUGAGGUCAAUGAUGUCAUUGAAGUGGUCUUCUUCAACAAGGCCAGCAGACCGUACUCCAUCCAGCCACAGGGAGUCAGGUACGAGAACAUUGCUAAUCAUAGCGUUGCCCCCGGCACCAAGUUCACCUACACCUGGCAGGUGCCUAGCAGGGCAGGGCCUGGCCCCAAAGACCCCAGCUGUGUGGCCUGGAUGUACUUCUCGUCCGUUAACUUUGUGCGGGACACCAACAGCGGCCUGGUGGGACCCCUUCUGGUUUGCAAACCAUCAACGUUCAGAUCAGAAGACAGGGGCAGAACCCUGGAGAGGCGUGACGUGGACAGGGAUUUCUGGAUGCUCUACACCAUCUUCGAUGAAAACGAAAGUUGGUACCUGGAUGAAAACGUUCGCACCCGAGCCCCGGGUAGGAGCCCGGACCGCCUGAACGAAGCCGACUUCAAAGAAAGCAACCGCAUGAACUCCAUCAACGGCAGAGUCUUCGGCAACGUCGACGGCCUGGUGAUGUGGGAGGGGGACGUGGUGGCCUGGUACCUGCUGGGCCUGGGGUCUUCCCUCGACUACCACCCGGUUCACUUCCACGGUCAGACCUUCACCUUCCGCACAGACCGCGUGCACAGAGGUGACGUCAUGGAAGUCUUCCCGUCGACCUCUGCCGCCGUGCAGAUGCUGUGCGAUAAUCCGGGCACCUGGAUCGUCCAUUGUCAUUUCUCUAGUCACGUGGCGGCCGGAAUGGAGGCCGUGUACACUAUCCACCCCAAUCCGUCGUGGGCCAGAGAUUAAAGAAUUCGAUAAAUUAGCAUAUUGUUAUACUAUCGAAAAUAAGUCAAAGAUAAGUUUUAAGUUACUUCCAAUCGUUUCUUAACGAUUAUAAUUCAUCUAAUGGGGAUAGAGAAAGGAUAUCGCAAAUCUUCUAUUUUUAAGAAUUUUUUGUUAUAUAUUUAUAUUUUUUACUAUUAAACAAUUCCCUGUAUUUGUGACAGCCCCUUUUGUGUAAUUUCUUGGUACUUCAUAUUCCAUUAUUGGUUCCAAGAUUUCUUGCAAUGGACGCUGGGAAGGUUUGGAACUUUUUGAGAACUUUGGAAUUUUAUAAAUAACAAUGCAGAGAAUCUUUCUUGCUCAGUUAGCUUGCUUGAUAGGCACUGAAGUGUGGCUGCUCAAACAACGAAUGCACUGAAGUGUGACUGGCAAUAGUCUCUAGAAAACAUUGAUGAUUAAAGAGAAAGUCUGUAGAAAUCCUAACAGCAUCUUGAAACCCAGUCACUGAAGGUGUGAGAACUGUUUGACAUGAAGUAUAAAAAUGUCUGUACUACAUUGGAGCUACUUUACGAUUCGAAAUGUGUCUGCUGUAUGGUUGUACUAUUGUGUGAGUAUAGUAUGUCUGCUGUAUAGUUGUACUACUGUGUGAGUAUAAUGUGUUUGCUGUAUGGUUGUAUUACUGUGUAUGUGUCUGCUGUAUACUUGUACCACUGUGUGAGUACACGUGCACCGUGUGAAUGUAUGAGCUGAAGGCUGAGGUGGUUGUACUAGUGUACAGGUACGGACUGUUGUACUGUUUUGUGAGCAGGUGAGCUAUGACAGAAAGUUUACAUCCAACCAUUUGUUAUUAUGAACUAGUGACCUUUGAUUGUGCAAUAAAUAUGUUUUUAUCUAUU